GGGCCCUGAGCGCCGGCGGGGGGCGCGCACCAUGAACUCGUGGGACGCGGGCCUGGCGGGGCUGCUGGUGGGCACGAUGGGCGUCUCGCUGCUGUCCAACGCGCUGGUGCUGCUGUGCCUGCUGCACAGCGCCGACAUCCGCCGCCAGGCGCCGGCGCUCUUCACCCUGAACCUCACGUGCGGCAACCUGCUGUGCACCGUGGUCAACAUGCCGCUCACGCUGGCCGGCGUCGUGGCGCAGCGGCAGCCAGCGGGCGACCGUCUGUGCCGCCUGGCCGCCUUCCUCGACACCUUCCUGGCCGCCAACUCCAUGCUCAGCAUGGCGGCGCUCAGCAUCGACCGCUGGGUGGCCGUGGUCUUCCCGCUGAGCUACCGGGCCAAGAUGCGCCUCCGCGACGCUGCGCUCAUGGUGGCCUACACGUGGCUGCACGCGCUCACCUUCCCCGCCGCCGCGCUCGCCCUGUCGUGGCUCGGCUUCCACCAGCUGUACGCCUCGUGCACGCUGUGCAGCCGGAGGCCCGACGAGCGCCUGCGCUUCGCCGUCUUCACCGGCGCCUUCCACGCGCUCAGCUUCCUGCUCUCCUUCGUCGUGCUCUGCUGCACGUACCUCAAGGUGCUCAAGGUGGCCCGCUUCCACUGCAAGCGCAUCGACGUGAUCACCAUGCAGACGCUCGUGCUGCUCGUGGACAUCCACCCUAGCGUGCGGGAACGGUGUCUGGAGGAACAGAAGCGGAGGCGGCAGCGAGCCACCAAGAAGAUCAGCACCUUCAUAGGGACCUUCCUCGUGUGCUUUGCGCCCUACGUGAUCACCAGGCUGGUGGAGCUCUUCUCCACGGCGCCCAUCGGCUCCCACUGGGGCGUGCUGUCCAAGUGCUUGGCCUACAGCAAGGCGGCGUCCGACCCCUUCGUGUACUCCCUCCUGCGACACCAGUACCGCAAAAGCUGCAAGGAGAUUCUGAACAGGGUCCUCAACAGACGCGCCAUCCACUCCUCAGGACUCACGGGCGACCCUCAAAGCCAGAACAUGCUGCCCGUCUCGGAGUGAGGCCCGCACUCCUGCUGCACGGCUCAGUGAGGCGGCGGUGAGAAGAGGGGAGGGCGGGCGUGGGGCCCCCGGGCGGACGCCAACAGCCACCAGCUUCGAGGCAAGCCCGGUGGCUCUGGUUCCCUGACUUUCGGGCUCUGGAGCUUCUGCUUCCUGGUUCCUCAAGGGCAGAUGUUGGACUGUCCCUAUUUGUCACCAAAGGAUGACUGUGGCCCUGCUCUGGCCUUUCUAGAAGCUCCUUUGAGCUGACUUGCCUGAGGCACCCCAGGGGAUGGCCCUGCAUCCUGCCACUAUCAAGGACGCACAGGGCUGGUGGCAGGUGGGGAAGCAGGGUGUUCACCUGUUUGCUGAUCACUGGACAUUGGGCUCCAUGCUGAAGGAAAGUGGUGGCCUCCAGGGGACAUUGCAAUCGUGCUGAAAGUGAGACUGGCAGUGGCCUUUUGGCCCCAGAUCUGAUGUGGCACCUCUUCUCCACAGGGUAGUGGUGGCUGCUUUAACCCAAAUAUUAUUCAGCUGGUACUAACUAAACUGUGCUCAGCUGGGACUCUUGGGCUCUGUGCCCAAGGGGACAAUGUUUAACAGCUCGUGGCUACCCAAUUGCUGCUGACCAGUUGUCUUAGAAAUGGUAACUUAGAUUCAACUUUUGUCCCUCCUGUCCCCCAGAAAAGCUAAUGUUUGUGUGUAGACAAUCUUGGCAUGAAAAUGGUUGAAUUAGGCAGGGAAUAUACAUACUCGGUUCUUUGAAGUCUGACCGGGAAGUCACCGUCUAAAUCACAUGUCCUGACUGUUGGAAUUCAGUAAGAGCAGGAGGAAGGUGGCUGGCUGGUCUCCCCUCCC